AUGGCAUUGAUUCAGAGAGCUAACAAUUUUCGAUGGGGAGAUAUAGGCGAAGAAGACGACAUUGAUUUCCUGCUUCCACCUAGAGAAGUGAUCGGACCUGACGAGAACGGUAUAAGGAAGGUGAUCGAGUACAGGUACAACGAAGAAAGUAGAAGGGUCAGAGUCACGACGACGACACGUGUCCAGAAGCGAGUGCUCAGCAAACAAGCUGCAGAGAGACGGAGCUGGCCAAAGUUUGGUGACGCGGCACGUGAGGAAGCUGGUCAUUACCUUACUGUGCGUUCUACAGAAGAUAUCCACUUGGAACGACUUAAUGCUCAUGGUAAUCAAGCGGAAGAAGCAACGACAUCAGGAGAUGAUUCAAUGUCUCAGGCAUGCAAUGCGGGUGGGGUCCUCAUGGUCUGCAGGAUAUGCUGUAUGAGAGGUGAUCACUGGACAGCACGUUGCCCUCAGAGGGAUCUCCUGUCGUUAAUGGAAACGCCUACGGAAGCUUCUACAUCCACUGAAGCGUAUGUUCCGCCUAGCAUGAGAAAAGGUGCAGACAGAAGAAGCACUAGGAACGACGAUAACUCUGUACGUGUGACUAACUUGUCUGAAGACACCCGCGAACAGGAUUUGAUGGAGUUGUUUAGUGCGUUUGGCGCUGUAAGCCGUGCUUACGUGGCUCUUGACAAGAAUACGAACAUGAGCCGAGGUUUUGGGUUUGUCAAUUUUGUAAGCAGGGAAGAUGCACAGCGAGCAAUCAAUAACUUGAAUGGGUAUGGUUAUGAUAGCCUCAUCCUCAGAAAGCUCUUCGCCGGAAGCAACCUCCUCAGAAGCUCUAACUUCUUCAAAAUCUCCGUCUUCGUUUUGAACUCCGUCGCUUGCUUCUUCCUCGGUAAGCACUGGUCCGAGAAUGGCUUCCGCCGCCUCGUUUUCUUCUCCUCCGAGCCUUCUCGUUCCCCCAUCGUCGCUCUCUCGCCUGAUUUCGGCAAAAACUACAACAUCUCCGAUUUGAUCCACGAGAUUCACCCGAUCCCGCCGCUUCCUCUGACACCACCGCCUCCGCCUAGCACUGUUGAUCUUCAGGUGUUUGGGAUCGUCGAUGAGAACGGAACUAUGUCCGAUGAGUUCCAGAUUGGUGAUUACGACGCCGAGACGGAAGAAGCAUCGGGGAAUCAAACGGAAUCUGUGAGUAGUAGUGACGAGCGUACUACCACUGUUAGAGUUAGUGUGGGGAAGAUAGAGAUUUGUUCAGUGGAGAUGACGGAUUACAUUCCUUGUUUGGAUAACGUAGAAGCUAUAAAGAGGCUCAAAACGACGACGCGUGGAGAGCGAUUCGAACGGCAUUGUCCCAAAGAAGGAUUAGGAUUAAAUUGCACUGUUCCGGUUCCUAACGGUUACCGUCUUCCGAUCCCGUGGCCUAAAAGCCGCGACGAGGUGUGGUUUAACAAUGUUCCACAUACUCGGCUUGUUGAAGACAAAAGUGGCCAAAACUGGAUUCUCAAGGAGAAUGACAAGUUCAAGUUUCCUGGUGGUGGUACUCAGUUUAUUCAUGGAGCUGAUCAGUACUUGGAUCAGAUCUCUCAGAUGAUUCCUGAUAUUGGUUUUGGUAGCCAUACACGAGUUGUUCUUGACAUUGGAUGUGGUGUGGCGAGUUUUGGUGCUUACUUGAUGUCACGAGAUGUGUUGACUAUGUCUAUUGCUCCAAAAGAUGUUCAUGAGAACCAGAUACAGUUUGCUCUUGAGCGUGGUGUUCCUGCAAUGGUGGCGGCAUUCACCACACGGAGAUUGUUGUACCCAAGUCAAGCUUUUGAUUUGGUUCAUUGUUCAAGGUGCCGAAUCAACUGGACUCGUGAUGAUGGAAUCUUGCUCCUUGAAGUCAAUAGGAUGCUUCGUGCCGGAGGUUAUUUUGUUUGGGCAGCACAACCUGUAUAUAAGCAUGAGAAGGCCUUGGAAGAACAGUGGGAAGAGAUGCUAAACCUUACCACUAGGCUUUGCUGGGUUCUUGUGAAGAAGGAAGGAUAUUUAGCUAUUUGGCAGAAGCCCACAAAUAACACUUGUUAUUUAAGUCGUGAUGCUGCAAUCAUGCCUCCUUUAUGCAAUCCUGAGGAUGACCCAGAUAGUGUUUGGUAUGUUUGGCAUCUAAAGGCAUGCAUCACUAGGAUUGAAGAUAAUGGAUAUGGAGCAAAUCUUUCUCCUUGGCCAUCCCGUUUACAGACCCCACCAGAUAGGCUACAGACAAUACAAAUUGAUUCGUACAUAGCCCGAAAAGAGCUCUUUAUAGCUGAAUAUAAAUACUGGAAAGAAAUAAUAUCAAACUAUGUACGUGCCUUACAUUGGAAGCAGAUAGGACUCAGAAAUGUCAUGGAUAUGAGAGCUGGAUUUGGCGGAUUUGCGGCUGCUUUAGCUGAGCUAAAGGUUGACUGCUGGGUUCUCAAUGUUGUUCCGGUCAGUGGGCCAAAUACACUGCCUGUUAUUUAUGACCGUGGACUACUAGGAGUAAUGCACGAUUGGUGUGAACCGUUCGAUACUUACCCAAGAACCUAUGAUUUACUGCACGCCGCUGGUCUAUUUUCAAUCGAAAGAAAAAGGUGUAACAUGACAACGAUCAUGCUAGAAAUGGACCGGAUUUUGAGACCUGGUGGACGUGUAUACAUAAGGGACACUAUCAACGUGAUGAGUGAACUUCAAGAGAUUGGAAACGCAAUGAGAUGGCACACAACCUUACGUGAAACCGCUGAAGGACCUCACGCAAGUUACAGAAUCCUCUUUUGCGAAAAGCGGUUUGAAUCAUCGUUGGAUUUGGAUAAGCAUCCUACUAAGAAGAGGAGGAGGAAGAGUAAAGGAAAAAGACAUUGA